AUGAUUGAGGAUAGCCGAUGGCUCUCUACGGAGUAUAGCUUCAUCGCAGUGUCUGCCAACCAAGCAAAGCUAGCUUACGCGAUCACAAUCGCGCGUUCUGCGUUCUGCGAGUCCUACGCCAAGAUUUUAAACCUUUUGCUCAGAUCAAUGACUAUAGAUCAAGCAACGGUUCGCAGCAAGAGUCUUAAGAGUAUCAAUCAAGUUCUGGAGACGGAUCCUUCUAUUCUUGACGGAGAUUCAACUGUCAUCCAAUUGAUCUUACAGUGCUCUAAUGACUCCUCACCUCAAGUACGCGAUUCCGCCUUGGGUCUGAUUGGCAAAUGCAUUGGUAUGCGACCAUCGCUGGAAGAGAUGAUGAUUCCGACAGUCAUACAGAGGUUCAUCGACUCCGGCGUUGGCGUGCGAAAACGUGCUAUGAAGUUGGCCAAGGAUAUCUAUCUUCGCAACCCUAGCAAGAAGGACAGAAGCACGAUUGCUAAUGGCCUGCUUCACCGAGUGCAAGAUCCAGAUGAAGGAGUUCGUGAGAUCGCACGCCAGCUGAUUGCAGACAUCUGGAUUGCUCCAUUUGCAAAUGUCGAGGACACAGCGGCGUUCCAGACAUCUCUCAGGGACCAUGUUGCUUUGAUUGUACAAACCGUCAAGUCCGGAAACGUCACCCCAGUGCUCGAUAAAGUCUUCCAGAAUAUCUUAGGCACGGAAGCCAAGGCGACAGAUUCCACUUUCAAAGUUUGCCAGAUGUUGGUGGCUAACAUGUUCGAUCUGAUCGACAACCCUGAUUCCGAUGACUCCUCGGUACCAUCUGGCAAGGAUGCAUUGCAGGUACUCAUGGUAUUCGCAAAAGCCGAUCCAAGACUUUUCACAUUCGAGCAAAUCCGACUUCUGAAGCCCCAGAUAGCGAAUGUCGGCAGUAGCGAAGAUCUCGCAAUGUCGAGAGCUGUCGUUGAAAUUUACCGUCGAGUAUUGCCCCAGUUAUCCAGCGUUCACAAGGAUUUCCUUGCGGAUGUGCGAAAGGACCUCAUGCCUACCGUAUCCAAGGUCACUCGAGCACUUCUGGAUGAUGUGAUUGCAUGUCUCUGGAUCAUCAGUGGCUUGCUUGAGACUUCUGAGCAUCUUGCUCGAUUGGUAUUAUCAAGCUUGACAGGCGUACAAAAAAUUCGAGCUAUGAGUCAACGAGAGCCUCUUGAUGACCGCAAAAUUCGGCAAUUCGACCGCUACUCCUUAAUUGUUGGCAUGGCAGGCAAGCACUGCGACCUGGACAGCCAUGAAAGCUUAUACAAGACAGGAUUCCCUAAAUGGCAGGGCGGCUCUGUUUCAAAGCUUAUGGUUGACGUCUUGAUGCCUUUCACGUCGCCAUCUCAGCCUUUGGACGUGAGGAAGGCGGCUCUCGAUGCUGUUGGCCUGAUUUGUCAGUCAUGGCCUCGGAACUUCCGCGCCGCGAACGUGUAUACGGCAUUUCAACAAGUCUUCGAGGAGCAGAAUCCUGCACUUGAAGGAAUGAUUCUUAGAUCGUUCAAAGAGUUCCUCCUGAGCGAAGAGAGACGCUCAGAACAAGCCGCGGCCGCGGCUGCAGGUACUGACACUGGGGAGAGCAAGCAAAAAUUGACAGUCAUGGGUGGAACCACUUUUGAUGAUGUUGCAUCUGCCACUACUCAACGAUUUAUGAAAGACAUCACAAGGAUUGCUCUGGCCACCCAGGAUGAACAUGCUUUCCUGGCUGUGGAGGUCCUUGCCAGUAUCAACAGGCAAGGUCUUGUUCAUCCCAAAGAGACUGGAGUCACGUUGAUUACAUUGGAGACCUCCUCAAUCCACAAGAUUUCAGAGCUGGCAUACCAUGAACAUCGUUCCUUGCAUGACAAGCACGAGACUGUUGUGGAACGAGAAUAUGUCAGAGCCAUCCAGUCUGCCUUUGCAUACCAGCGGGACAUCGCUCAUGAUCCGCAUGGCGCAACGACUGAUCCGUUCACAUCGAAGCUGAAUCUCUUGAUGGAAGUUCUCAAGAUGAGUAAAUCGAAGAACCGGAGUAAAUUCCUUGAGAAAUUCGUUCUUCAGGUCGAUUUUGAGCCUGCCAAACUGGACGCUUCUGAGGCAAUGCCUUCCCAUGUCCAGUAUUCUCGCUUCAUCAUUGAAAACCUGGCAUUCUUCGAGUAUAUGACAAUUGGAGAGCUUCAAAACACUGUGGCUACUAUGGAGAAGCUCGUCAGCAGCACUGGCUCCAGCGUCGCACAAGCUAUUGAGUCAGAGCUAUUUCAAGUUCGCAUGGAUGUGGACGCGGAGUUGCAACAGAGCAUAGACGGCCAGGAAGGACCCGUCCCGCCAGUUCAGCCUGUGGUAGACAUGACACGUCUUCGGCAGCUCACUGCAGGAUCAAUGGUCUUACAGUCGCUGUGGGAAGCUCGCAGCUAUUUACGGCGCCUCUACGGUCUCGGCACCAGUAGACGAGAAGGAAAGGCCAAAGGUCCUGCAAAGGACCUCUCGAAAGCUCCAGUCAAAGUCCAAGGGGUCACUGGCGAUAAAUUUUGGGAGGAGGUUGGCACAAUUAUGUCUGCCCUGUCCUCUCAGGGCCAAAUGAUAACCCAAUGCAAGUCAUUUGUUGAGCUCCUCAACGUAGACAAGGAGUUCAAAGUUGCAGACGAGGACGACGACAUGGAUGGCGAGGACCCAGCAACACCAAGCAAUGACGAGGAUGAUGCUGGCGAACGCGGGAGAAAGAGGAAGGCGAGCAAUACUCCGGGAGGCAGGAAGAAGCGUGCUCGCUCGACAUCACAACCUCGCAAGCGCGGUCGACCAAAGAAAAAUGCUAUGCUUGAUGUUGACGCUGAAGGCGAAUCUGAUGAUGGGGAUUGGUUCUGA